AAUCAUCUUAAACUCGGGUCCAUCAUCCCAUCUUUCGCGACACGGCGGCCAUUAACUGGGAUUGGAUCGCAUUCUAUGUGUUAUCAACAAUGAGGGAUUAAUAGACCAACAAUGCUGCACGACCCGCUUUGAGGAAUGCAAAAAACGACCCGGCUCUCCCUUGCACAAUGGCGCGUCUCAGUAUGCUCUCGAGAUCAAGCGGCUUUUCGUACAUAUCAAAAAGACCAUGUCCGCCGAGGAUAUUCAUACGGGCUCGUCUAUUGCCUUCCAGCAGACGUUCUGCCUCAACCGCGAGCACCAACAAGAUGCUUACGUUCUCAUGGUCGGGGGCGUUGAUCGGCAUGGGCGCAUGGGGCGGAGUGAUGGCGCUACUAGCUUUGGAGCGGCGAAUAAAGAGGACGACGCUCGCGGAGGAACCUGCCAGCAACUUCACGCCAAACAUGCUGGAGCGUGGCGACAGCGCAUCUUCCGACUCGAGCGUCGGCAAGCGCGGCGGCUCCAGCGCAUCUACUCUCCCUCUUAUGGAUGUCGGGCCUAUCAUCUACGACUUGUCAGGACCUAACCUGCACGGUGCGUACAAUGACUUCGUUGCUCUGCUCGGAGAGGAGAAUGUCGACGUUCGACAUGGUGAGCUCGUCUCGCGCUCGAGUACAAGCUGGUCGCCGGCGCCGAAUGGAGAAUUGGAUAUUCCGUCCGUGAUUGUAUUUCCUCGCCACACCGAGGACGUAAGCAAUAUUGCAAAGAUUUGCCAUUCGCGACGUAUCCCCAUGAUCGCCUUUUCUGGCGGCACGAGUCUGGAGGGCACGCUGGCUGCGCAACACAAGGAGGUUUGCGUUGAUUUCAACCGGCACAUGAACAAAAUUGUGGAGAUUCGAAAGGAUGAUAUGGAUGUUACGGUCCAGCCUGCCGUCGGCUAUAUGGAGCUGAAUCAGAUCUUAGAAGCAGAAGGACUCUUCUUCCCUGUUGAUCCCGGCCCAGGCGCCCAAAUCGGCGGCAUGAUAAGCCAAGGUUGCUCCGGAACGAACGCUUACCGCUACGGCACAAUGAAAGACUGGGUUCUAGGUUUGGAAGUCGUGCUCGCCGACGGCACCAUCAUCAAAACCCGGGGCCGGCCGCGAAAGAGCUCCGCAGGUUUCGACCUCACAAGACUCUUCACCGGCUCCGAAGGCACGUUAGGCUUCAUUACCGAAGCACACAUCAAGAUCACGAGAGCACCGCAGAACUUACGAAUAGCCGUCGCUCAGUUCCCCACUGUCGGAGACGCCGUCAAAAUGGCCGUCAAAGUCCUGCAAAGCGGUCAUCAGCUGGAAGCCAUGGAGCUGCUGGAUGAAUUGACCAUGCACGGCGUGAACGAAGGCGGCUACUGCACCGCCUCAUGGGACGAGAAACCCACCCUCUUCCUCAAACUCGCCGGUCCAUCGCCCGAAUUCGUGGCCGAAACGGCAAACACAGUAGAAGGGUUCGCCAAAGCGUGCGGCACCACGCUCUUCCGACUUGCGCAGACCGCAGAGGAAGGCGACGAGAUCUGGCACGCGCGAAAAACGGCGCUGUGGUCCACCAUCGCACUCAAAAAGGACCCAAGCGACGUCUUCAUCAGCUCCGACCCCUGCGUACCGAUUUCACAACUACCCGAAAUCGUAAAGCGCAGCCAGGAGCUCAUCGCCGAAGCAGGCGUGCUGGGUAACGUGCUCGGCCACGUGGGCGAUGGAAACAUCCACACGAGCGUACUUUACGGUGCAGGCGAGAAGGAGGCGGCCAUGCGGAUUAUGUCGGAGGUUCAGCGACUUGCUGCUGAUUUGGAUGGGACGGUGUCCGGGGAGCAUGGGCUGGGCCUUGGGUACCGGCAUCAGCUGGCUUAUGAGUUGGGGGAGGAGUCGGUGGAUGCGAUGCGCAGGAUUAAGUUUGCGUUGGAUCCGUUGUGUUUGAUGAAUCCUGGGAAGAUGAUUACGGUGGAGUGAAGGCAUUAGAGAUGGAGCAUUGCGAUGUUCUUGUAUAGCGAGGUUAUUGGACGAUUCCUCCAAUGUACAUAAAAUUCGAUUGAAUGUGAAGCCGAUGGCGUGCUUGAGCUGU